GCGCGGCCCGGCCGCGGCACCGGGAAAGGGAACGACCGGCACCGGGAGCGGGACCGGCAACGGGGAACGCGGAGAUGGCGGUCGAUAAGGACCUGCUGGAGCUGGACCUCUACGGGCUGCUGGGAGUCGGCGAGAAGGCGUCGGAGAAGGAGGUGAAGACAGCGUUCCGACAGAAGGCCCUGACGUGCCACCCGGACAAGAACCCGGACAACCCCCGGGCAGCGGAAAUCUUCCACCAGCUGUCCCAGGCCUUGGCCGUGCUCACAGAUGCAGCAGCCAGGGCAGCAUAUGACAGGGUGAGGAGGGCGAAGAAACAGGCUGCAGAAAGGACACAGAAGCUCGAUGAGAAGAGGAAGAAAGUAAAGCUUGAUCUUGAAGCCAGAGAACGAGAAGCCCAGUCCCAGGAGAACGAGGAGGAGGAGAUCAGGAUAACGAGAUCAUUAGAAGAAGAAAUAAUCCGCCUGCGGGAGGAGGGCUCCCGGCAGCUGGAGGAGCAGCAGAGGCUCAUCAGGGAACAGAUCCGGCUGGAAAGGGAGCAGCACAGCCAAGGCAAGCAGGAAAGAAAUGGAGCAGAAGGCAAAGUAACUCCUAAACUCAAGCUCAGAUGGAAAUGCAGGAAAGAAGAUGAGACGGGAGGGGGAUACUCCAAAGAUGUGCUGCUGCAGAUCCUGCAAAAGGAGCCUCUGUUCCUUGUCACCUGUUCUUUCACUCACAUCCAAAAGAUCAAAAGGAAAACCAGCCCAGAACUGUGUGUGACCUGUUUAUCUGAAGAUCUGGCAGGGGAGAUGGCUGUGAAGAAUGAAGUUGGCCUGAUAAACAACCCUCUGAAGAUUUCCUGGCUGGAGGGGCAGCCCCAGAGCCACCCCAGCACUGUCCUCUCUGACAGCACCAGCCAGCCCAGGACCUCACAGGCAUCCGUGGUGUCGGAGCGGGACUACGAGAGCCUGGUGAUGAUGAGGAUGCGCCAGGCAGCAGAGAGGCAGCAGCUCAUCGAGCAGCUCCGGCGGGAAGACGAGGAAGAGUCUCACACUUAGCGUGACAGUAUGGAUUCUCCCCACCCCUGCACCCCCCCGCCCUGUGCUCUUUCUUAGUUUAAGUCAAUAAACCUCCUUUUUU